GUUUGUUAGCUUUAAUCCACAGCAAAUCUCGUCUUGAUAGCAAGCAAAGGUUUGAAGGUCUGAGAUUAAUACAGAGUGAUCUGGAAUGGUUCUAACCAGACUGGUCUGCAAUGACUACAGCAAGAUAUAGGCCUACGUGGGACUUGGUACUUGACCCAUUAGUGUCCUGCAAGCUCUGCCUUGGUGAAUAUCCUGUGGAGCAGAUGACAACGAUAGCACAAUGCCAAUGCAUCUUCUGUACCCUGUGCCUAAAACAGUAUGUGGAGCUUUUGAUCAAAGAAGGUCUAGAAACAGCAAUUAGUUGCCCUGAUGCUGCCUGCCCAAAGCGAGGUCAUCUACAAGAAAAUGAGAUUGAGUGCAUGGUUGCAUCAGAAAUCAUGCAAAGAUACAAGAAGCUACAGUUUGAAAGAGAAGUGCUUUUGGAUCCAUGUCGGACUUGGUGUCCCUCCUCUACUUGCCAGGCAGUUUGCCAGCUCCAGGAAUCAAGCCCUCAGAACCCGCAGCUGGUCCAGUGCAAAGCCUGUGACAUAGAGUUCUGCUCUGCUUGCAAAUCCAACUGGCACCCAGGUCAAGGCUGUCAAGAGAAUAUGCCAAUCUCCUUUCUUCCAGGAGAAACAAGUUCGAUUUUUAAAAUGGAAGAAGAUGAUGCUCCAAUCAAGCGCUGUCCAAAGUGCAAAGUUUACAUUGAGCGAGAUGAAGGCUGUGCCCAGAUGAUGUGUAAGAACUGCAAACAUGCCUUUUGCUGGUACUGUCUGGAAUCCCUCGAUGAUGAUUUUCUGCUUAUACAUUAUGACAAAGGACCUUGUCGAAACAAGUUGGGACACUCCAGGGCCUCUGUUAUCUGGCACAGAACACAGGUGGUAGGAAUUUUUGCAGGAUUUGGUCUUCUCCUUUUGGUGGCCUCCCCUUUCCUUUUACUUGCUACACCAUUUGUUCUGUGCUGCAAGUGCAAAUGUAGUAAAGGAGAUGAUGACCCUUUGCCUACCUAGACUGAGAGAAGAUUGGACUCAUCACAACAUAUGUUUUGAUUUUAUUGUGGCUGUUGUUGUUUCCCUCUUGCACUUACAUUGCUGUAGCCUUAUUUGGCCUGUUCUGCUUUUUGUUGACACGCAGUGUUGGUUCCAGGAACUGUUUAUUUUUAAUACUGUUGCACAGAUCAACUGAUAUUAGACAAGAAGGGUAAUGGAAGGCAAGUUUGGUGCUUAAGGAAGACUGUGGACCAAGGUAGCUAUCUGAAAUGAAGAGCUGAUUCUGUGAAAAAUAAUGCAGAAGGUUUCUGUUGCUCUUGGUGGACUGGGAACGGUGCUGAAUGACAUCAGCACAACAACUUAAAAAUACAUACAAUGUAAACCUUUUGCAUAUCCAUUUGCUUCAAAAUUUGGUGUCUUAUUCCUCUAUGUAUUUAAGCUGCCUAUCAUUUAAAUUGGAUAGUCAACUUAGUGUGACUUUAACAUGCCUAUUACAUUUCUGUUUUUUGUUAAUAUUGACAUCGCUGCAUCCUUUUUAGGGCAUUUUUUUUCCAAGAAUAACAAAAUCAUUAAGGUGCAUAUAGGCCAUCCUAUGCCUUUCUUGAAAAUUGGGGAGGGAUAGGGGGACAAUAUUGAUCCCUGUUGCCUUCUGGGAAUUUUAGGAAGUGUGGGAAUUGAUUGAAAGCUACAUUUCUGAAGUUGGUUUAUGAAGCUGUAAGGUUGAGUGGUGACACAAACCUGCUAUCCAAUCAAGAUUCUUUUAAAGAUACAUUGAUGCUAAUGAUUACCACUGGACCACUAUUUUUUUAAAAUUGUUAUAUUUGCUGUCGUUUAGGGUUCUGCUACACUCAUAGGGCUAUGUAACUUCUAAUCCAGGUAUCUUAAUCUUUUUAUAUAGAUAUAUAUAUAUAUAUAUAUAUAUAUAUAAUCCUAUUUAAACCAAAUGUGUAAAUAGC